AUGAAUAGGUCUCCAAGAAGCAGUUGGUCCUAUCAGUGGAUCGGAAGAGUCGAUCGCAAGGGUGUACUUGGUAAGCUGGAUAGCUUAAUUAUUGUAGAAAUAUCCGAAGGACGCGGCUUCAAAGGAAACAAUGGUCCACCAGGACUGCGAGGUAAACCAGGCCAUGAUAGCAAGUUCCAGAUGGCCCGGUCAACCCACGGGGCACUUCCGGCACAGCUGGUAAACCUGGAAUACAUAGGAGUGCUAGACUAUCAGAUGCGCGAGGCAAGUUUGGCGAAAGUGAAAUUAUCCAAAGCCACGACUGCCGUCCGCUUAAGACGGCAGUCGAUUUGGACGACUCAAAAACAAUAA